AGGCUCAACACCCAUCGUUGCAGACCGGAAGGUGAGAGGGAAUUCCACUCGAGAGUAAUUCAUCCCUUCAGCGUUGCCCAUCUCUGGUCUAUCAUAAAGUGUCUGUUGCUGUCCGCGGAGGACGUUGUCCCUGUUAAACUUUAACUCAGGAGGUCGCUUUAUAAAACCAUAUCCUCCUUUCAUCCGUCAGCAUCCCCAGGAGCUGGAGGAGUACGGAGCAGAAAGCGGAAGUGCUGACUUGUUGGAGCGGUUGAAAGGAAUGAGGAUAAACCAGCCAGAACAAUGACAGAGAAGAAAAAUCAAGAGAGAUAAACCACACCAGAGAGAGCUACACCUUGUACUUCCGCCCUCCUGCCGCUGUCAUGGACCCAGAAGAAGCGGCAGACUCACAGCUGAUGUACAGGAUAGAUCGCCCUGUCUAUGAUGAAGCCUUCCUCCGGACGCAGCUUCUCCAUCGCAAAGAAAACUCCACCACCCUCCGACAGAGGCUGGCAAACCAAUGCCGGUGUUCAACAGAAAAGGCCAAGGCGGCGAUUUUGACCUUCUUGCCGAUUCUAACAUGGCUGCCGUCCUAUCCAGUCAAGCAGUACCUGUUAUCAGAUGUUGUCUCAGGUCUCAGCACAGGAGUUGUGCAGCUCCCUCAAGGUCUGGCCUAUGCUAUGUUGGCUGCUGUGCCUCCAGUUUAUGGCCUCUACUCCUCAUUCUACCCAGUCCUGCUCUACACCUUCUUUGGCACUUCCAGACACAUAUCCAUAGGCACCUUUGCUGUAAUAAGUCUGAUGAUUGGGGGCGUAGCAGUGAGGGAAGCCCCAGACUCCAUGUUUAUCUUGCCUGCGAACGGAUCCAACAUGUCUGAUGUCGUGGACGUGGCGGCUCGUGAUGCCAGGCGGGUGCAGGUUGCCGUUGUGCUAACAACCUUGGUGGGAAUCAUCCAGUUUGUCUUCGGGCUUCUCAGAUUUGGCUUUGUGGCGAUCUACCUCACAGAGCCCCUGGUGCGAGGCUUCACCACAGCAGCAGCUGUGCACGUCGUUGUUUCUCAGCUUAAAUACCUGCUGGGGGUGAAAACACCGCGCUUCAGUGGACCCCUCUCUGUUAUUUUUAGCGUCAGCGCGGUACUCAGUGACAUCACCAGCACCAAUGUCACCACUCUCAUCCUGGGCCUCGUCUGCCUGGUCUUCCUAUAUGUGAUCAAAGACCUCAACGAGCGGUUCAAGAAGAAACUGCCCAUUCCCAUUCCUGGAGAGAUUAUCGUGGUCAUCGUGUCAACCGGCGUCUCGUACGGCUUGUUGUUAUCAGAAGACUACAAAGUCGGUGUGGUUGGGAAGAUACCAACAGGGCUUCUUCCUCCAUCCCUCCCAGACUUCUCUAUCUUACCCAAUUUGGUCACAGAUUCCUUUGCCAUAGCGAUUGUAGGAUUCUCAAUGGGUGUCUCACUUGCCAAGAUCUUUGCCCUGAAGCACGGCUACAGCGUGGAUGGCAACCAGGAGCUGAUUGCCCUCGGUCUGUGUAACUUCAUCAGCUCUUUUUUCCAAACCUUCGCUAUCACGUGCUCCAUGUCAAGGAGCCUGGUGCAGGAGAGCACCGGUGGAAAGACACAGAUCGCAGGGCUGCUGUCGUCUCUCGUGGUGCUGCUGGUGGUCGUUGCCAUCGGUUUCGUCUUCCAGCCGCUCCCUCAGACUGCGCUGGCUGCCAUCAUCAUGGUGAAUCUGUUGGGGAUGUUCAAACAGUUCAGAGACAUUCCUGCUCUGUGGAGGACCAGCAAGAUUGAACUGGUCAUCUGGCUGGUGGCCUUUGUGGCGUCUGUGCUGUUGGGUCUGGAUUACGGCCUCCUGGUGGCCGUCGCGUUCGCCAUAGUAACUGUCAUCUACAGAACACAGAGCCCUAAAAGUGCUAUCCUGGGUCAUGUUCCCGGCACAGGGCUGUACUGUGAUGUGGACGAGUAUGAAGAGGCGGCUGAAUACGAGGGGAUUAAGAUUUUCCACUCCAACUCUUCGAUCUACUUUGCUAACAGUGACCUCUAUGUGAACACCCUCAAGGAGAAGACGGGAGUAAACCCUGAGGACUUACAAGCUGUUCGAAAAGCCAGAAAGAAACUGAAGGAGAAGGCCAACGGCAACCACAGCACUCCACUGAAGAUCUGCGCCAAGUACAAGGAGCAGGGAGUGACCCAUGAGGUUUUGUCCCAUAACAACGUGGCGGAGGAGCAGAGGAACGGCCAGCUGGAGGACCGACACAGCGAGUCGGACUUGGAGGAGGCCGUCUUUAUUGAGCCUCUGUGCACCGUCCACUCCAUCAUCCUGGACUGGACGUCCGCCAGCUUCAUUGAUUCAGUGGGAGCCAAAGCCAUCAAACAGGUCAUGAAGGAAUAUGCAGCUGUGGACGUUAGAGUGGUCAUAGCCGGCUGCAACAGAACCCUUCUGUCCGAGCUGGACACCCUGCAGUUUUUCAGCGGGAUCGUGACUGCAGAGAUGGUGUUCCCCACUGUCCAUGACGCCGUGCUACACUGUCAACACUCAAACUCCCACUCGCAAGCCUCUCCGACGAGUGGAACAACCUGACGGGAGCCGACACCUCACACCCACCUGCAGGAGCCAUGAACAAUCAUUCAUAUUGAAUAGACUCAGGUGGAUGUUUUCCCUUCACAACAGUAUGACAAGGUUGUUAACUCCAAAGUGCCCAGAGAAGCGAGACACAGGGCAUGUUUGAGGCCAUUCAGAAAUUCAGGAUUUCCAGGUGACAUUCCCACAGCCUUAUUCCUCGGCAUCCUCUCUUGAGUGGAUCAUCUAGAGUUGCACUUUUGAAGUAUUCUAGUAGUUCUGUUCAAGCUCUCGGCACUCUUCUGGGAGAGAUACAUUUUAAAGUAAGCUGCUGCUGCUGCUCUGGUCCAAAUGACCUUGUUAGAAUGAUUUCUGUAGGUGCUGUGUGGAACUGAUUAGUGGCUGCCUGUCAUUAUCAUGCUGUAUCAGAUGUUUAUGGUUACUGAGAUGUUCGUUGACAGAUUAGAGUAUAUUUUCAGCUGUAUGUUUGUGUAAUUGUGUAUUUAAACCAGCAAAAGUCCUAGCGCUGGUUCAUUUGCAUUGUCAUAUUUGUUAAAGUUUGUUUGACUGUUUACUGUUCGAGACGAUGUCCAACACUAAUGUAGUAAUGUACGUUUUAACAUAACAAAUGUUCUAUUUUUUGAAAGUUAUUUUUUUGUGUCGUAUACGCAGGAGGCCUUAAAAGUUUCCAUGUGGUUAUUCUACAACAUUUGACAAAAGAAAGUGGGUGAGAUUCAAUUCUGGAAUAAACUUUAUUUAUAAGUGAA